AUGCGCUUCUUCACCAUUGCUGCCGUCGCCGCAUCCGUGGCUCUCUCCGUGCAAGGCGCUGCUGUUCCUAGUCAUGGAGCACAUCUGGCCGUGCACGAGAGACGCAGCGUUCCUCACCGGGAAUGGAUCAAACGCUCUAGGAUCCCUUCCAAGACGAAGCUUCCGGUGCGCAUUGGUCUGAAGCAGAGGAAUCUCGAGAAGGGUCACGAUUAUCUCAUGGAUGUCUCGCACCCGGACUCGCCGAACUAUGGUAAACACUGGACCUCUGAGCAGGUGAUUGAAGCGUUUGCCCCUGCAGAAGAGACGGUGGAUGCAGUGCGAGACUGGCUGGUUGCAUCAGGUAUCUCGCCAGGCCGGAUUGUCCACUCGGACAACAAGGCUUGGUUCGCAUUUGACGCCUUUGCUGAGGAGGUUGAACAGCUGCUCCAUGCGGAGUAUCAUGAGUACGAGCACUUGGACGGUGACAGAGUCGCUGCAGCUUGCGACGAAUAUCACCUCCCAACUCAUAUCCAAGAGCACAUUGACUACAUUACUCCUGGCGUCAAGAUGAUCACAACCUCUAGGAAGCGCAGUACCAAGCGUAGCUCUAUCCCGGGAAAGUCCAAGGGCGUGACACCCCUCGGCGCGCCCUCUACAAAAUGGCCAACUGGCUUCCCCUUCAACGACAUCAACUCGCUCGAGACUUGCGAUGUCCUGAUCACCCCCGCAUGUGUCAAGGCCCUAUACGAUAUCCCAACUAACACGAAAGCGACCCCAGGGAAUGAGAUGGGCGUCUACGAGGAGGGUGACUACUACGACCAAGAAGACCUCGACCUCUUCUUCCAGAAAUACACCCCUUACAUCCCGCAAGGCACGCACCCGACCCCGAACUUCAUCGACGGGGCCGAGGCGCCAGUCGCCGUCGCGGACGGUGGCGGCGAAUCAACUCUGGACAUGGAGCUCGCGUACCCGAUCAUCUUCCCGCAGUCGCUCGUGCUGUAUCAGACGGACGACUACGACUAUGCCGUAGAGUACCCUGUCGAAGGGUUCGGGAACGAGUUCCUGGAUGCGCUGGAUGGUUCGUAUUGCACGUAUUCGGCAUACAAUGAGACGGGCGAUGAUCCCAAACUCGACCCCGUCUACCCGGACCCGCACCCGGGAGGCUACCAGGGACAGCUGAUGUGCGGUGUCUACAAGCCCACGAACGUUAUCUCGAUCUCUUACGGGGAAGCUGAGAUUGACCUUCCGGAAAACUACCAGAGACGGCAAUGCAACGAGUUCCUGAAGCUCGGUCUCCAAGGCCACACCUUCUUAUACUCCUCCGGUGAUUUCGGCGUCGGUGGCUACCCCGGCGACGCCACCAGCAGCGGCUGUCUCGGUCCCGACGGGACCAUCUUCGACCCCCAGUUCCCCGUCAACUGCCCCUACGUGACCGCCGUCGGCGCCACGAAAGUGUAUCCCGGACACAGCGUCUUCGAGCCCGAAAGCGCCGCCAACGACCUCGCCGGCGCUCCCUGGGCCCGCGCCUACUCCACCGCCGGAGGAUUCAGCAACGUCUACGCCGCACCCUCCUACCAACAGGCCGCCCUCUCGACCUAUUUCGCAGAGCACAACCCGCCGUAUCCCUACUACGAGGGGAAUGCGAGUUUCGGGGCUAACGGUGGCGUGUAUAACCGGCUCGGGAGAGGCAUCCCGGACGUUUCGGCCAAUGGGGAUAAUAUCGCGGUUUUUCUGAAUGGGAAUUUUACGAUUAAUGGGGGGACGAGCGCGGCGACGCCGAUUUUUGCUUCCAUUAUUACUUUGAUCAACGAAGAGCGCCUCGCGCUCGGCAAAUCCCCAGUCGGCUUUAUCAACCCGGCGCUGUACAGUAAUCCCUGGGUAAUGACGGAUAUCACGAACGGGAGUAAUCCGAACUGUCACAGUGACGGAUUCAGCGCUGUUCCGGGGUGGGAUCCGGUGACGGGAUUGGGGACCCCGAAUUUCCCGCGGAUGUUGGAGAUGUUUUUGAGUUUGCCUUGA